AUGGCGAUAGUACUCCGAAUUUUACUGAUCGGUCUUUCCUCCUUUCAGUCUUGUAUAGCCUUUAACAGGUCACAUAUAUUCAGAGAUGUCAUUGACGGUCUGGAUCCAGACAUUGCACCUUUCCAAUCCAUCAACACAAGCAUCGACGUCAUCAUAAUGCUUACUUUGUCUGAAAUAUCCGAAAUAAACGAGAGGCAAAAGACAAUGACUAUCUCAUACGGUAUCGGUUUGACGUGGCAGGACUAUCGACUGAAAUGGAAUGCCAGCUUAUAUCAAGGUAUUUCUUCUGUUCAGGUGAAGGCCAGUAAGAUUUGGACACCAUCUACCAUUUGCAUCUCUAAUGAAGUGAGGAAAGAGAAAUGUAUUGGAGCAAGGGAAGGCCAAGUUACCGCUCACUCUCAGGCUUAUGCCUCUUACAUUAAUUCCAUGGAAAACAAAGUGCACUUUCUACGAAGCAAACGAAAUGUGGGAAAUCCUCAAUGGUUCACACUUCAAAAAUAA